GAUUUCGUCUUCAUGGAGCGCCUUCCUCAGUAGCUUUGUCCUAAGGCACAAUGCUUUGUCGGAACGCCUCAGCCUCCAAGGAAGCCAACACUACCACCGGCAUCCGAUCCGAUCCGAUCCAUAUGAACUAUUUUUCAUUCUCAUGUUCUCGUACUCUCGUGCUCUCUGAUGGUUCCAUACUCCCACUAUCUCAAGUCCAUGAUCAUUGUAAGCAUAGUAGUAGUGCUUACAGAUGCGAUGCUUGUCAGCGUCAUCAUGGGGGUUUCUGCACAUAUUUUACGAAGAGAGGCCACUCGGUCGCAGACUUAUUUGCUACUUCAAAGCCCUACGCAUCUUCCUAUUAGAUUCAUCGCUCUUUUCUACUUACCAAACUCCAUUACAAAAUCUCAUGGCUACCAGGAUACACAACACAAUCACAUCUUACAAGAGGC